AUGCCAGUUUUCGAAUCGCCUGCCGUGUACGUCCAGAGCUCGCUCACGACGCUCGCAACCUACUUUAUCUCUCACGCUUAUUUGAGAGAGCUGUUGGACGUCCACAUCACUGAUGCCAACUUUCUUCCUCUUUCUGCGCCUAACAGGGCUUUCUACAUCAGAAGAGACAACGACAGAAGACAGGUUCUUGUCAAUGUUUUCAACGAGAAGGGCGAGAAGGUGUACAUUUUCCAGAGAGAAAGUGCCUUGAAUCCGACCUGGUCUCUGCGUACUCUUCCUUCGUACAGAGAGAUUGCUACUAUCCGUUGUGGAUUUUUCUUGAAGUCGCUUGACUUCCACAACAAGCCAGGACUGCAGCACAGAGUGAUCAACCGGGAGUCUGGCUUGAGCGGCAGACUGAGAACGUUCUAUCUGAACGACGGCCACAAGUACGGAUGGACAAGAAACUCCAAGUUUUUGGAGAAGUUCACCAACCCUGGAGGCAACGACGAGGAAGUCAGGGAGAGAGUCGCCAAGGUGAGACUCAUGAGACAGAGAAAGUUCGACUACGAGUUGACCUUGGACGACACCAAAGUGGACCCGGAGGUCGCCAUGGCCACCGCGUUUGUGGCCAUGAUGACCUUCUGGGGUUUGGGUGACAUCACCGAGACUGUGGGUCCCACUCUUCUGGUGAAGAAGGAGGAGAGCGCAGCAGCUGCUCCAGCUGUCGUGGAGUCUCCAAAAGUCGAUGCCGUCAGGUCAGGACCAAACAUCACGCUGGUCAUGGACGCCGACAACGACACGGACUUAAUUAUCGAAAAAGCAUAG